UCCGACUCAAGCAACUAGAACUUACAGCAAACACAGUUUACCUACUCUGAUAGUGACACCUAACAGGUCCACAUCAAAAGGGUCAUGUUGCCCGUGAUCAAAGGUCAAUAUCUAAUUGCUUCAGUUUUGGAUUUUGUUUUGUAUAUAGGCCAAACUGUCUUGUGCAUGGACAUGCAGAAGGCCCGACAUCAAGCCCAACUAUACGGUGAAUCAGUACAUGCAUUAUGUCUUUCUUUUUAAAUGUUUUGGCAUUAUUAAGUUCAUGGCCACUUUUCAUCGCUUCCUCGAGGAUUCUGACUAACAACUUUCGCCAAUAUGAUGGACUCUACGAAGAUAAUGGUCAGAAAGCCUUGGUUCAUACUGGCCAUGUUGAUGACCACUUCCCUGUACCUCAUACUUUGUCGGAGCCUUCGUGAUGUAAACUCUGGACAGAUAAAAAUAACUGGGAGAUGGAGAAGGGCUUUUCAUGGCGACCAAGUUAAAGGGGCAAUGGUUUCCCAACACACUGUUUGGCUAAGGCAACAAAUGUCUCGAAAACAGCUGCUACUGGACAAUUGCGCUGCCUUCAAUUCUAAAGCUGACAGCAUUAUUCCACCUCUCAGAUAUCCAGCAGACAACUGGACCCAUUUUGUGAAGGAAUUGAAUUACCUCGUAGUCGUCGAACCGCUGAAGGUGGUUUACUGUUCAAUCCCUAAAGUUGGCAGCUCCACUAUCAAGUGGAUGCUCUUAAACGUAACUGGUCACAUGCUACCGGGUAAUGCUCAUAGUAUUGCCGGCAAAACAUUUCACUCGCUGAAUCGGUACCCGAUCGAAAAGGCCAAAGAAAUUAUGGCGACUUACAGAAAGUUCUUGUUUGUCCGAAACCCGCUGGAAAGAUUUUUAUCAGCGUACCUGAAUAAAAUUGAGACGACUAUUGAUGGCAACCUCUGGAGAACUCGCGACGCAAUCAGAUCUCUGGAUGACUCCGCCAAGUCGGCCAAGAAAGUAACGAGCAAGAAAAAGGCAACGAGUAAAAAAAAAGUGAACCGCAGAGGCAGACAGAAAGUCAAACGGAAAGAAGUCGACAUUAAAAUUACCUUGCCGCAGUUUACAAGAUACGUUUUGGCUAUAAACAGGUCUGCGGAUCAGCGGGUAAGAUCAGACAUGCACCUCAAUGAACACUGGAAUCCGAUGUACGAAAUGUGCCAGCCGUGUCUCAUCGACUAUGACUGGAUUGGACACUUCGAGCAUUUACAGACAGACAUCCAGUGGAUCCUAUCAGCUCUUGUAGGGGGAAACCAAACCGUGUACGUGCCUGAACACGAUCCGAAACACACCACAAAUAGCAGUGAAAGAGACACGCAGCGUAGACUUUUCACCACUCUCAAUUCUUUACAAGUAGAGAAACUGCUGAGGUAUUACGAACUUGAUUACAGUCUGUUUGGUUUUGAUAUACCCCCGAGCGCUGGAAAUCUUAUUAACAACGGAUAUUAAUGCCUUGAGGCCAUCUGCAGGGGUAUUCCACAUUUGAUAACCAAUGUCUUAUCCCCCCCAAAAAUCAAUGGAAUUCUUUUUUUUCUCCCAUUUUCCUUUCUUAAAAAGCUGCACAAGAGUCCAGAUCAUCGUUAUGUCUUUGAAGGGGUACUUAGCACGAUUGUCGAUGUUCUUAUAGUCUUAUGAGGUCCUCUGCAUUCCAUAAUGUCUAUCCCAAUUUUCCUUUAACAAUCAGCUGGUAGGUCACGUGACUUUAAUAGCGAGCACAAUGGCUCUAUUACGAUUUAUAACAGAUUUCAAAGGGUUGUGAAAAAUCACCAUAGUGGUUACCAAAGGGUUUGCAAUUAUGUACAGGGCAUUACAAGGCGUGUGUACGGGCUAUAACUUACUGAAUCCUUGUGGUACCACCAUGUUUGUGGUUCCAAAGUUCGUUUUUAUCAAGUAGGCCAACUUCACUUUCGCGAGAUUUUUUUCAAGGUUCGUUUGUAUGAGAUAUUCUCCACUUCGAUCAUGUGAUCUAUUUUUGAAAAAAAUAUUUCCAUUGAAAAAACAAUUUACAAUUAAGACAUAGUUUUAUCCAGUCUUUUAGGACGUAUUAUUCCAAGUUAUUUUUAAGACAAUCAUUUCAUAACUCAUAAAAUCGAAAUUCAGAAAAUAUAUCUCAUAAAGGAGGUGUGCCCUAUCGUGCCAUGUAUUACAGGCUUAACGCUAUCAAACCACGCAAAAAGAAUAACUCGUGAUGCAAAACACAAUUGAACCCUGGUAUGGCCGACGUCUGGUUUGAUGUGCUUCGGCUUGUGCAGAUUGGAAAUCGCUGUUUCAGCUCACCUCAUCAACGUCGACGUAACACCGAUAUCUGACAUCAUAUUCUCCAACCUUCCAAUCGUAACGACUAUUAAAACAUAUCAAGCAUAUUCAUCAUGAUGACACUGAUAGGAAAUAUUACUACAUUAUUGCUUAACCGACGUGCUGUCUGUUAAGUAGGUAUAAAUUUAUCUUCUUUUUCUAGAGUCCGUGUAGUGGAAUAGGAGUGGCCAACCCUCGAUUUAUACCAAGCAGAAACUCCAUUGUGUGUACCCGUGCUUGAUGACAUGGGCAUGCUAUAUGAGCUUCAAUCCAGUACAAGCAUAUUUGAAUGUUCAAGUCUGCAUUGAAAGACCAAACUUGCAGUGAAUUUGGCCUAUCAAGUUUGCGUGUAAUAAUAUUUGUGCCUUUUCUUGACGCUGUGUUGGUUUUUAGAUUAAGGAAUUAGUUUUAACGUUUUGGGUUUUCCAUUUCAUUUGAUUUAAAAACGUUUUUCUUGGGUUCAUUGUUAAUUUACACCGCAAAACCUGUGGUGUUAAAAUCAACACUUUUUUUGUUAACAGAUGACCACACCAUAGGAUGUUACUUUAACACC